CAUCAAUGUCGACGGAUGACACAGCCACACAAACUCAGCACUAACGUGCCCCGCGAACCAAGCCACCACUUAAGCAGUGCUCAAAUACCCAGACAGGCAAAUCGAUUGGAUUCUACCCUGCGACCGGUCUACAGGCACGAUCGGCAUUGCUCCCCGUCUAAGCUUGUAAGCUGGUACUUCAUAUAAUGCCUUACAACACCUGGUGUCUGCAUCUCAUAUCCUCAUCUCAUUCCACAGAAGCAUCGUACAGCUUCAACGGCACACUGCUCGUUAUAAUAUCACCUCUCGCAAAACUGAAAUUUCACAAACUGUCCAAUUCCAAUCUCAGCUCCAAAAUGGCCUUCAAGAUGCUCCUCUCAACCGCCCUAUUGGCAACCACCAGCCUAUCAUCCGCCCUUCCACGCCAAUCGACCACCCUAUCAACCAGCUACGCCUUCCGCCUCGCGGCCAACGUAACCGCCUUCGACACCACCCCCUCGGCCCAGGGCCUCGAACUCCAGUACACCGAUACUGAUGGAUGUACGGCCGACCUAAUCCUCGCGGGCUCCGGCGACACUUUCUACGCAACUGGAUCCAAUGUUGGCAUUGCCGACUUUCCCUACCCCUCCGGUGGGAGCAUCAACGCCGGCAUCACUGUCACCAAAGGAGGCACCGCAACUGUACCCGCCUUGUUUCCCGUGCAAGUCAGCUGUGGAGAGGGGACCGCGGGCGUGACUGUGGGCCCUGAUGAGGAGACUGGGGCUGUGGCAGAGUUGUUGUAUGAUGGCGGGUCGUGGAUGGCAUGCCCGAGAGAUGAUGGUGAAGGGUUCCGGUUGAUUUACAAGUCGGCUGGACAGCGCACUAUCUUCGGGUGUGCGGAUGUGCAGCUUCUGCCGCUGUGUGAGGAUAUCGACGAGGAUGACAUCGAGGAUGGGUGGUUGAAUGUUGCUUGCUUUACUCAAUAAUGACGAGGUCCGCGGUGCAUCCAUGAGAUGUCUUACAUUUACACAGGGGGCAUGGGUAUAUACGGGAUGGCACGGCACUGUUUGCUGCAUGGGUUACGGAACAAUACACGUUGAUGGUGUGAUACGGGAGUUUAUUGACAUUUUUUAGAGCUUAGACUUGUUAGUAUUUACACAAAGUAGCAUAUGAAUAUAAUUACACAUUCAUUCA